GGGGGCGGGGCCAGCGCUGUAGGUUUGCGACGCCUGUUUAUCUGGACCGAGCGGUUGUUUUUUUGGCUUCUGCUGUGCUUGUGUUUGUUCUCUCUGUUGCUGCGGUAACAGUGAAAGACUGGAUGGAAAAGCUUUCGUUUAAACAUGGCAAAUCCUUUAAGAAGUGAAGUAAUAAAACUGUAUAAAAAUUUGCUGUACCUUGGCAAAGAAUAUCCAAAAGGAGAAGACUACUUUAGAGAUCGUCUUAAGAAGGCUUUCAUUAAAAAUAAAGACGUUACAGAUCCUGAGCAAGUCAAGACAUUAAUAGCUCGGGGACAAUUUGUGAUAAAGGAACUGGAGGCAUUGUAUUACCUUAGGAAAUACAGGGCCAUGAAACAACGUUAUUAUGAGGACAAUAAUGAAUGAAUAACCUUAUGCCGGGAGCAACUUUAACACCUCAACUUAAGACAUGCAGAAUGCACCUUUGCAUACUAAUGUGGUUCCAGGAUCCACAGUCUGCAUUUAUCUGUAUUUCUGAAAUAUAUAAUGCUCUUAUUUAAAUCUGCUAAUUAAGAAUGGUACUUUCAAGGGGCCCAAUGGUGCAAUGCUUCAAAAUUCAAAUAACCAUCCUUGGAAUACAAAAUUAAUGUCUGCUCAGUAUUCAACAAGAUCUUGCCCUGUCAACAAGCUUUCACCUGUAGUGUAUGGGCCUGAUCUGCAGGGAACUUGCUGAAUCCUUCAUUGUAGCCAAUAGAUACACUUUUCAAAAACUGAUCCAAGAAUGUUGGCCUUGAAUUCAGAUUAUUGCUGCCUAAUGAUGUGAUGUGAUUGUAAUAAUUCUAUUGAUCUCAUUUUAUCGAGGUAAACCAGUUUAAAAGUGCCUGACUAACUAUUAAGGUACAAAAAUACUAAUAACUCUAAUACUAAUAAUAGCCAAGGGUGUAACAUACAAAAGCUGCUGCAGUUUAACACUAUUGGAAUAUGUAUAGUACUUGUCAAUAAAACACUGAUGCAAGGUAGUUUGCAGACACAGCACAGGAUGGAUGUUUUCUGCCUUCAUAUCUAGACUUGUGUUAAUGUAGCUAACUUGCUGCUGUUAUGUAUCAGAUUGUUGCUCUGAAUGGGAUAAGUUUCAAUUAUAAAAGUUUUGAAAUUCUUAAAGGUUAUAUUUGGUUAAGAACACUCAGCUACUACUGAUUUUAUGUUAAGACAAUUUUCUUUAAUUAAAAAUUACUGUUUAGUA